CCUCAGGACUGAGGGCGUGGGCGUGUCCCCAUCGACCCCCGACAGCCCUGAUGAGGCGGGAGGGGCAAACAAGUUGGGAAUGGAAAGACGGGAAGGCCGGAGAGGGCUUCCAGGACUUGCUCUUGACCCGCAUCUAAGUCGUCUGUCUGCAGAAGGGGCUCUGGAAGCAGAGACACCUCACCUGAUAUUCUGAACUUCUCAAAGCGGGCUUUCAGAAACAGGUUUGCAGGGAAAGCCCUACGAGAGUUUCGGGGGGGUCUCAAUUGCUCAUCCUGCUCGGUCUGUGCUCACAGAAGCUGGCAAUGACUGCGUGCACCCUCCUAACCAGGGGGCUUCCUGACGUCGGGUUCUGCGCCCUUGCGCCGUGCGAUGGGUCCCCUCCAAGCCUCCCGCGGGUCCUGCCCUGGCCCGGACCUCUGCUGCUCCGGUUCCUGCUCCUGCUCCUCUUCCCGCCGCCCUCUGCCCUCUCCUCGGUGUUCAAAGUGGGGGUCCUGGGCCCCUGGGAUUGCGACCCCAUCUUUGCCAGUGCCCGCCCGGACCUGGCCGCGGCUCUGGCAGCCGCCCGCCUGAACCAUGACCUUGCUCGGGAAGGCGGCCCUCGUUUAGAGGUCGCGCUGCUGCCCGAGCCAUGCCGGACGCCGGGCUCCCUGGGGGCUGUGUCCUCCGCGCUAAGCCGCGUCUCCGGCCUGGUGGGACCGGUGAACCCUGCAGCCUGCCGGCCCGCGGAACUACUAGCGCAAGAGGCUGGGGUAGCGCUGGUGCCCUGGGGUUGCCCUGGGUCGCAGGCAGCGGGCACCACUGCCCCUGCCGUGACUCCCGCGGCGGAUGCUCUCUACGUUCUCCUUCGAGCUUUCCGCUGGGCGUGCGUGGCCCUGGUGACAGCCCCUCAGGACCUAUGGGUGGAGGCUGGACGCUCUCUGUCCAGUGCACUCAGGGCCCGGGGCCUGCCGGUCACGCUGGUGACCUCCAUUGAGCCCUCCGACCUGUCUGGAGCCCGGGAGGCCCUGAAGAGGGUCCGGGACGGGCCCAGGGUCAGAGUGGUGAUCAUGGUGAUGCACUCGGUGCUACUGGGUGGAGAGGAGCAGCGCUAUCUACUGGAAGCCGCAGAGGAGCUGGGCCUGGCUGAUGGCUCCCUGGUCUUCCUGCCCUUCGACACACUCCACUAUGCCUUGUCACCGGGCCCGGAAGCCUUGGCCCCACUGGCCAACAGCUCCCAGCUUCGCAGGGCCCACGAUGCUGUGCUCACCCUCACCCGCCACUGUCCUCCGGAAGGCAGUGUGCUGGACAGCCUGCGGAGAGCCCAAGAGCACCGGGAGUUGCCCUCUGACCUCAAUCUGCAGCAGGUCUCCCCCUUGUUUGGCACCAUAUACGACGCGGUCUUCUUGUUGGCAAGGGGCAUGGCGGGAGCGCGGGCAGCCGCCGGUGGGGGCUGGGUGUCUGGAGCAGCCGUAGCCAGGCACGUCGGGAAUGCCCCAGUCCCAGGGUUCUGUGGGACUCUAGGAGAAACCGAGGAGCCCUCCUACGUACUUCUGGACACGGACGCCUCUGGAAACCGACUGUUCACCACCUAUGUGCUGGACCCUGUCCGCGGCUCCCUGCGCUCUGCAGGGAUCCCAGUGCACUUCCCUCGUGGCGGCCCCGCUCCAGGGCCAGAUCCCUCGUGCUGGUUUGAGCCAAACGUCGUCUGCAGUGGAGGAGUGGAGCCAGCCCUGGUCUUUCUAGGCUUCCUGCUGGUGGUAGGAAUGGGGCUUGCAGGGAUCUUCCUGGCCCACUGUGUGAGGCACCGGCUCCUUCAUAUCCAAAUGGUUUCUGGCCCCAACAAGAUCAUCCUGUCUCUGGAGGACAUCACCUUCCUCCAUCCACAUGGGGGUAGCUCUCGAAAGAUGAUCCAGGGGAGUCGAUCCAGUCUGGCUGCCUUCAGCACGGCAGACAUUCGAAGCAUCCGCAGCCAGCCCUCAGACAGCACAAACAUUGGCCUCUAUGAGGGAGAUUGGGUUUGGCUAAAGAAAUUCCCAGGGGAUCAUCAUGUAGCCAUCCGCCCAGCAACUAAGACAGCCUUCUCCAAGCUCAGAGAGCUCCGGCAUGAGAACGUGGCCCUGUACCUAGGGCUCUUCCUGGCGGGAGCCGCAGACUGCCCUGCAGCCCCAGGGGAGGGCGUCCUGGCCGUGGUCUCAGAGCACUGUACCCGGGGCUCCCUCCACGACCUCCUCGCCCAGAGAGAAAUAAAGCUGGACUGGAUGUUCAAGUCCUCCCUCCUGCUGGACCUCAUCAAAGGAAUGAGGUACCUGCACCACCGCGGCGUGGCUCACGGGCGGCUUAAGUCGCGGAACUGCGUGGUAGACGGGAGGUUUGUGCUCAAGAUCACCGACCACGGCCACGGGAAACUGCUGGAGGCUCAGAGGGUGUUACCGCAGCCUCCCACGGCCGAGGAUCAAUUAUGGACAGCCCCAGAGCUGCUUCGGGACCCAGCCCUGGAGCGCCGGGGAACUAUGGCGGGUGACGUCUUCAGUCUGGGUAUCAUCAUGCAGGAGGUCGUGUGCCGCAGUCCCCCCUAUGCCAUGCUGGAGUUGACAGCAGAGGAGGUGGUGCAGAGGGUGCAGAGCCCCCCUCCGCUGUGUCGGCCCUCGGUAUCCAUGGACCAGGCACCUGUGGAGUGCAUCCAUCUGAUGACACAGUGCUGGGCAGAACAGCCAGAACUGAGGCCCUCCAUGGACCGCACCUUCGACCUGUUCAAGAGCAUCAACAAGGGACGGAAGACAAACAUCAUCGAUUCAAUGCUUCGGAUGCUGGAGCAGUACUCCAGUAACCUGGAGGACCUGAUCCGGGAACGCACGGAGGAGCUGGAGCUGGAAAAGCAGAAGACAGACCGGCUGCUCACGCAGAUGCUACCUCCAUCUGUGGCUGAGGCCCUGAAGAAGGGGACACCUGUGGAGCCAGAGUACUUUGAGGAGGUGACACUGUACUUCAGUGACAUUGUGGGAUUCACCACCAUCUCAGCCAUGAGUGAGCCCAUUGAGGUGGUGGACCUGCUCAACGACCUCUACACACUCUUUGAUGCCAUAAUCGGUUCCCACGAUGUCUAUAAGGUGGAGACAAUUGGGGAUGCCUAUAUGGUGGCCUCGGGGCUGCCCCAGAGGAAUGGGCAGCGGCAUGCGGCAGAGAUUUCCAACAUGUCGCUGGACAUCCUCAGUGCGGUGGGCUCUUUUCGAAUGCGCCAUAUGCCCGAUGUGCCAGUACGCAUACGCAUCGGCCUGCAUUCAGGCCCGUGCGUGGCGGGCGUGGUGGGUCUCACCAUGCCGCGGUACUGCCUCUUUGGGGACACCGUCAACACUGCCUCGCGCAUGGAGUCCACCGGGCUGCCUUACCGCAUCCACGUGAACAUGAGCACGGUGCGGAUUCUCCGCUCUCUGAACCAGGGCUUCCAGAUGGAGCUGCGAGGCCGUACUGAGCUGAAGGGCAAGGGCGCUGAGGACACGUACUGGCUGGUGGGCAAAAUCGGCUUUAACAAGCCUAUCCCCAAACCUCCGGACCUGCAACCGGGGGCCAGCAACCAUGGCAUCAGCCUGCAGGAGAUACCCGCUGAGCGGCGCCAGAAGCUGGAGAAGGCGAGGCCUGGCCAGUUCUCCUAGAAGUGAGGCCUUGCCAGGACAGGUGCAAGCUCUUCCCUCAGUCUCCAGGACCACACACUUAUGUGAGAUACUUCCUAGGAGACAGGUGCCUCUUUGCUAGCCUAAAGGUCUAGCACCGUCUGAAGAAAGUCCCACCUAAGCCAGGUGUCCUAAUCCAUCUCUGAUUUAGUAAGCCCAGGCUGGUUCCUUGGAUUUACCCUGGGAGGAAAGCAUUUGCUACAGGGAUACUGGUUCAGUAGGUCUGCACUAGUCCAGGAAUCCAGGUUUAGGGAAUACUGUAAUUGUGACCAUGUGUCACUUCUCUGACCCUACCCUUCACAAACAGCACAUACCAGGCCUCCCUAGGACACUUGGCCAUGUAUUGCACAAGAGACAGAACUCUAGGGGGCAACAUUGGCCAGAGGACAGUGUGAAAGUUAUCCCUGGAGUUCUGUUAAAGCAGAGACCUGCUCACUGCCCUCCUUGGAAAACUUCUGACCAUGACGGUCCCCUUCCUAGGUGAGUCCCCAUGACCCUUUUUCUCCCUCUGAGACAUUCAUCUUUCCCUCAGGAUUAUUCUGGAAGAUGUUUUUCCUGGAAGUUGCUGCUAUAGGUGACCUAAAGUCUGACUAAGAACUGGCUUCUGUCCAGCUCUGCCUCCAAGGAUUCUGAGCCUUUACAAGAGCCAGCUGCAAACCAGCCUUGGAAAAGUCUCAUGCACUCUCCAAGCUCGGAUUCCACCCAAUGGUGGAAUGAAGGGAGGCCUAAGUGAUUUUCAGCACCCCCGUGGCCCUGAUAGUUGGGCUUUAGAAUGGCUGGCCUUGGGAUAUUGGACACUGUGGCAUGUGGCCCCCAGCCCAAAUGAUCCUGAGCCCAUCAGGAGAUUAUGGGUGGGGCAUUCCCCAUUUUCCAGAGCCCCUCUAGGCUCCAGGAAGGAGGAUCCAUAGUUGGAUGCCCUGGAGUGGAGGCAUUGUGUGUUGUGUCCAGGCUUGGGUUGUUGUGUGGUGUGGGGAGGUCAUGGCUUCUGUUUAGCCUCAAGCCUCAUUUUCAUUUUCAUUGCUCCCUUUUCAGAAACUGGUUCCUUAUCCAGUGGGCAAAACCAAGUCACUUACCCAAGUGCAGAGGAACGUUUACUUCAAUGCUUUGGGGAAAGAAAAUUAAACUGCACCAAACUUUUACUAACCAGAAAACCUGAGGAAUAGUCAUAUUCUCUGUUUUUUUGUUUUGUUUUGUUUUGUUUUGUAUCAGGGAUUGAACCCAGGGGCAUUUAACCAGUGAGCCUCAUCCCCAGCCCCUUCUUUUUUAUUCUUUGAGAUAGGGUCUCACUAAGUUUGCUUAGGGCCUCCCUAAGUUGCUGAGGUUGGCUUUGAACUUGCCUCAGCCUCCCCAGGUGCUACAAUUACAGGCCUGCACCACCAUCAUAUUCUGUUUAACUGGGUGCUACUGAAAAGCCAGUUGGACAGAAAAUUCCUUCUGCUUAGAUCUUCGUUACAAAUGUCAAUGCUCAGUCUUGGCAAGUCCCUAGCUGAAAUUUCCUCUGGUGUUCCAGAGCCUAGGCUUUGGCAUGUUUGACUCUUGGUGUCAUUUGCUGUUGCCACACACCCUGGAAGAAAUUAGCAGCAGCUGCAACCACCCAUAGGUAGACAGCAUGCAUCCCUUGGAGGUGUGCAAUCAGAACAGGAGAUGUUAGUAAACAAGGAUGUGGCAGUCAGAGGGAAUUCCUAGGUGGAAAGAUGAACCAAGUCCUUACUGGGAAAAUAUUGGCUGGUGGGCCAGCAGCAUCAGCAUCACCUGGGAGUUUGUUAAAAUGUAGAAAUUUUGGUCCCAAAUCUACUGAAUCAGAAUCUGCAUUUUAAUAAGAUCCCUCAAAAUAUUUUAGGCACACUAAAAUUUAUGAAGCAUAACAGCAGUCAAUGAUUGUAGGAUUCCUUAACUCGUAGAAUCUUCAAGAUUUCAUUAAAAAUGAGGCUAGAAACGAGCUAGUAGAAUUGCUUUGACUGACUUAUGGGGUAUUUUUGUUUUGAGUUAACACUUAAAAAUCAAAUUUAAAUCACUUUGUUGGGGAUGGGGAUCCUGCUACCUUACUCAUUCUGGCCUCAAACUCAAGGUCCUUCUGUCUCAGUCUUCCCAGUAUCUGGGAUUCCAGGUAUAGGACACUGUGCCCAGCUAUACCAAAUCAGUAUUUUAAAAAUAUAAAGCCAGAUGUGGUGGUGCAUGUCUGUAAUCCGGUGACUUGGGAGGCUGAGGCAGAGGAUCACCAGUUCAAGGCCAACCUCAGCAGUGCAACUUAGAUGCUGUCUCAAAAAUAAAUAAAUAAGGUCUAGAGGUGUAGCUCAAUAGGAGAGUGUCCCUGGGUUAAAAUACCCAGUACAAAAAAACAAACAAAAAAAGUAUACAGUCAUUCUUUGAUAUCCACAGGGGAUUGGUUCCACGACUCCCAUUACCAAAAUCCUCGGAUGCUCAAAUCCCUUACAUAAUAUGAUAUAGUAUUUUCAUAGAACCUAUGAAUAUUCUGUAUACUUUAAGUCAUCUCUAGAUUACUUAUAAUAUUCAAUACAAUGUAAAUGCUCUGUAAAUACUUGAUUUACUGUAUUGUUUAAGAAAUAAACAAGACAAGAAAAAGUC